GACUGUAGGAACGACGAAAAAGGAUAAAGGAACGAAUGAAUUCACACAUGGCACUACCAACCAACCGAGUCGCAUGGCUGAUCAAAGCCGACACACCUCUUGAGGUCAGCGACGCCCCGAUGCCCACGCCCGGGCUCGGUGAGCUGGUCGUACACAACGUGGUCGUGGGUAUGAACCAAGUCGACAGCUGGAUGUUAGAGGCAGGCGUCUUUGUGAAGCAGUGGCCAAGUAUAAUCGGUAAUGACGUCGCUGGCACCGUGUAUGCCGUUGGCCCAGACGUGCAGCGCUUCAGGAAGGGGGAUCGAGUCAUUGGACACGGCAUGACUCUAGUUACUGGCCGUCCCGAGGACGGCGCUUUUGCGCUGUACACCGUCGUGCGCGCCGAUAGGGCAGCCCUUCUCCCCAACUCCAUUGCCUUCACGGACGGCGUUGUCAUACCCUUAGCCGUAGGGGCGGCGGCCUGCGCGCUCUUCCGUCAGGAACCCGGCGAGGUUAUGCCCGGCGUCCCCCUCACGGUUCUCGGCCUUCCGUACCCGUCGGUACUGCACCCAGUCACCUCCUCGGGCAAAACUCUUGUCGUGUACGGCGGUUCCUCGACCGUGGGCUCCAUGGUCACCCAGUUAGCCACCGCAGCUGGAGUAACCGUCAUAACUAUCACCGGAGCGCACAACUUUGCCCUCAGUCAGCGCUGCGGUGCAGCCCAGGUCAUUGACCACAAGGAUCCUGCUAUCGUGGACAAGGUCGUAGCCGCGGUAGCCAAAUGUGGAGCCGGCUUUAUUGGGCUAAUCGACGCCAUCGCCACCCCCGACACCUAUCCCAUUGCCCUUGCCAUCCUCGCCGCGCUCGGCAGUGGCCACCUGGCCUGCACGCAUCCCCCUCCGGCCGACGUACCUGCCAACGUGAAGGCCAGCAUGAUCUACUCCGUCAACGACGCGUCGAUACCCGUAUUUAGGGAUUAUUUGACCCCCGCGCUAGAGGCCGGGAAGUUGCAGUGCCUGCCGCCGCCGAUUGUGGCUGGCAAGGGCUUGGAGUGUAUCCAGGAUGCGAUGAGGAAGCUACAGGCGGGUGUGAGUGCGGCAAAGGUGGUGGUGGAACUGUAACUAACUUGAGCGGGCUGUGACCGCUCAUUAUUGAGACUUCAUAGCCAGACAAGCAGCAAGGACCCAUUGUAGAAGCAGAAGUGCGAUACCGUUUCUUAUUUCAAUAGUAGCAGUAGUAGUUCUGUUAGGGGUGGUGGG